AUGAGCAACCGACGACCGUCCGUUUUGGGUUCGCUUUUCGGCUCGAGAUCCUUUAAAGAUGUCACUACAGCUGCCAAACAAGUCCCUCCACUCGUUAAAACCGUGCAGGCGGUCGAAGGCAUCUUCCAGGCCGGAGAGCUAAUGUAUAACGCGAAUGAGACUGCUGGGAAUCUCAAUGAUUUCAUACCCAAGGCUUCGAAGAUUGUGGAUCGCAUCGAGGCCUUCGUUCCGUCUAUGCAGGUCAUGGGGCGCUCGUUCUGCGACACGGUUAGGAUCUUCAGUACAUUCAACACCAUCGCUACUACCGUGGGCAUCGGCGCAAACGUGGUUUUGACUUACCAGGGCGUCCAAGCUUUGCACCUCAUCGCGACACAGCUCAAGGACAUGUCCACAGCGCUCGCCGCGCAAACAGCCCUGCUAGCACAGAAGGAUUUUCCGCAGUACGUCUAUGAUCUGAUCCGCGAAAGGCUGGGCCAAACAUCCGAUGAUCCAGCCUAUGAGCAUUGGUUCUUUCUUUAUCAUCCCGAUAAUGAUUGGUACCCGAAAUUCUAUCAUCUUCUGGAGGGAAAACCAUUGGGUCCUGCGUUCUGCGGUUAUACGAAUCAAAUCGACACGGCAUUCAGUUUCAUGGUUGCAGCACGACAAUACGCAAACACAGAGAGGGAACGACGGGCGAAGAAGCAGGGUCGUAAAGCUCGUCCCGUCAUGCUUCAUCUUCUUGUUCCCGCCUACCAGCCAAUUGUCAUUGUGGAAGCGCUCAAGAUCCCGGAAGAAAUUGGCGAUUUCGCCAUAGAAGGUCGAGUAAACAGUAACAAGCCCUUUGUCUGGAUGAACUUGCCCGAGGAGCAAAGAAGUUAUGUCGUUGACAUCGGACACUGGGUUCCACCUACGCCAGGCUGGUGGAUUUUCGCAAUGUCCAAGCUUGGGUUAGCGGAGCAGCCUCUUCAGUUGAAGGAAGCGAGGGUGCUGGGACAAAGUCAGCAUCCCGUGGACAGUCAACAGCUAUUGGAGGAUACUUCUACAGUACAAAACGAAGCAGAGAACGAUGGAGCCACCGAAACAAAAGGCGCUCUAGAACCUGCAGAUCGUGGGAAAGAUGGUGCUCAGCGCCGGAAGAAUGCCACACCUUUACACCAACGGCGCCGGAGACAUACCAAGAAGUAG